CUUUUCUUUUCCCCCACCCCUGCCCUCUCCCAUCCCCAGCACACUGAAGAUGGGCGGCGCGUUCGCCAAGAUAUUCGGCAGCAAGGAGAUGAGGAUACUGAUGCUGGGCUUGGACGCCGCCGGUAAGACCACCAUCCUGUACAAGCUGAAGCUGGGCCAGUCGGUCACCACCAUUCCCACGGUGGGCUUCAACGUGGAGACGGUCACCUACAAGAACGUGAAGUUCAACGUGUGGGACGUGGGCGGCCAGGAUAAGAUCAGGCCGCUGUGGCGGCACUACUACACGGGCACGCAGGGGUUAAUUUUCGUGGUGGAUUGCGCCGACCGAGACCGCAUCGACGAGGCCAAGCAGGAGCUGCACCGGAUCAUCAACGACCGCGAGAUGAGGGAUGCCAUCAUCCUGAUCUUCGCUAACAAGCAGGACCUGCCCGAUGCCAUGAAGCCACACGAGAUUCAGGAGAAGCUGGGAUUGACCAGGAUCAGGGACAGGAAUUGGUAUGUGCAGCCGUCCUGCGCCACCUCAGGAGACGGACUCCAUGAGGGACUCACCUGGCUAAAUUCAAAUUACAAAUCUUAACUUCACGAGGAUAACGGCGACGCCCUGGGUUUUGUUCUGAACUGAUUAGGUUGGAUUAAACCUUUAUAGAGAAAUGCUAACUUGUACAAGACCAAAAGUUUAAUGAAAAUGAUUUUUUUUAUGCUUUGGGAAGGGAGGGGGAAAAAGAAAUUUCACCACCGGCUAAUUCUGACGUUUUCAGUGCCGGGCACAGACCAGUCAGGGCCUACACUAGAAGUGAAAACAUAAAGUGAUUUAUUAAAGGGAGGAGGUCACGUCUAUUCACAGGCUAUGCAAUGGUGGGAAAGAUUCUGCCCACUCCAUUCCUUUGGAACGCUGCUGUUCAGUGACAGAUCUCUCUAAAACAAUUACAAUCGGCUGCUUUUUUUUUGUGGGGGUGGUGGUCUCAAUACGGUCCUUAUGUGACACACAUUGUGCUAUGCAAGAGAGAUGUUUAAACAGUUUCAAUUGAAGGCGCUUCCUGAUCUUUAACCCUUCUACUCCACCCCACCCCACCCCACCCCUUUUUGAUUAGCCAUAAUUUCUAUUAAUAAAGCCAAACAGUUUUGGCCUCUGUUUUUAUUGCCUCUUCACAUUAAGAUUCUGGACUGUUGUGGACAAUAGUCUAGCUUCGGGUAUCUGGGUGGUGGCUUGAAGUUAUUUUUGUAUCAGAUUUAUAUAAAAGGAAUAUGUCAUGCCAAGGGAACCCUUUAAGGUUUCCAUUUUUCCCAUGACCACACCCUCUUCAAACUAAAUUGGGAUUUUCCUCCCCCUGCCUGACCUCUAAUGUAGCAAAACUAGCUAAGGUCCUACAUGCCCCUCUGACUGGAAAGUGCACUUGAAUAUGUCUCUCUCUCUCACUCUCCCCUCGUCUGCCAAAUAUUUAUUACAAGGGACAAAUGUCCAUUCUGAUGAGGUAUAAUGUGAGUGGGAGCCUUCAGGAGAGACAGUUAAAAUAAGACUGUUUCUUGCUUAUCCUGAUGAAUCAUGGUCGUUACAGCAUAGCAAGCCAUUGAGUCCAUGCCUGUUCACAUUCUGAAAGUUUAACAUGUUUCCCUCUUCCCAAAAGAACAGGGUAUUGAUUUCCCACACCCCUGCCAAAAAAAAUUGCAAAACAAGCUUUUCCCAGUAUUUAAUUUUGGGAGGGAGGUGUAGGAGACCAUUCAACCUUGAGCUUUUCAGUAUUCUGUUUUGAGCUCAACUGGUAGCUCUGUUCUUUUUAUGUUGGUUUCAUAUCCCUAGAUUGCCUUGCCUGAUAAAAAAUCUAUUGACUUUUCAUUUUGAAAUUGUCCAUUGUCCCAUUAUGAUCGGCUAUUGGAAGAGAGUUCGAGUUUUGCCAUCCUCUGAGAAAUACUUCUGAUUUUUUUUUCCCCUCUCUUCUCUCCUGCAUAGCCUAGUUCUAAUUUUAAGGUCAUGUUCUCUUCAGAAGGUACCUGCUUAUCUAUGCUAUUGAAUUCCUUUUAACAUUUUAAAGACCUUGGUUUUAUUGCCUCCUAACCUUUGGAAUGAAAACCAAGGUUUUGCAACAUGUUCCUAAUUGAACCCUUUUAAGACCUGGACUGUGAUUCUGUUGACUGGUACGGCCCAAGCUUAUUGCUUCCUGUGACGUCUCAUGCCCCCCGACCCCCCCCCCUCAAAUGGAAUGGGUGUACAUGUAUGCAUUUCGAGAGAGGAUGGAAUUGGGCUCUGCUGUAAUGCACCCCUUGAUAAUGCUGACACUUAACUGUCCAGGCCUUGAAGGUGUCUUGAAGGAAAGGUGUUUAGUUCAAUGUGCACCCUCUGGUACAGGAGGGGCUAAACCUCAAGGGUGUGCCGCCUUACAAGAUGAGAUCUUCCAAUGGUGUUUGGGUGCAAAUAGUGGAGGUUUGGUUUUGGGAUGUGGUUGCUUUCAGAAUGAUUUGGGUUUUACUUGCAUUUCUAAGAGGAAGUUUUACGUUAGUUCUGCAUUCUAGGGGAUGGUUUCAGGUAACUUCUUGUAAUAUUACGGUAGAAUUUAGGGUAGGAUCAAACCAACCAAUGCUCAAGCAAAGCUUGAAUUAUUCAGUUGAUAUAAAAGGUACUCACUCAGGGCUGUCCAUACACACAUUGGUCUAGAUGUUCCUUUUUUCUCUGGACCUUGUUUGACAGAUACCCAGGGUAGCUAUUGAGACCAGAUGCUCCCAGCAUCAAUUGCAAGCAUCCGCUAUAGAACUUGAUCCCAGCUGAGGGUUUUUGGAACUACUGCCAUGAUUGGCUGGAUUAUCAACUCAAUCCCACCUUCCAGUUAAUGUGAGGGCUCUUUGCUUUAAAAAAAAACAGCAAGAAUCUUUUCCAGGAGGGAGACCAGCCCAUGGCUCCCAGUGUUUUUCAGUAGCACAAUUGGAGGUGGAGUUGGGGGGUAAGGGGAGGGGUGUUAAAUAAUGGGAAAGUGAAGAAAAAAAUGCUAUAGGCUUUUGGAAUCUGUCCCAGAAUCUCUAUAGACAUUUAGGUUCAUGUGAUUUUGUUUCCCCUCUGUGCUUGUGACUUGGAGCACAUGGUGGUGCAGAGCUGUCAAUCUACCCAUCUCCCUCCCUUCUAGUUCUUGAUUUGUUUUUUGUUGCUGACACGCUGCACUUAGUCCCUCAUGGCCUGCUCUGAAAGGUCCUCGAUGUCCUCUGCCAGAGCCCUUUUUAGUUUGGCCUAUCUGGAAGAGGAAGAAUGGUUUCCAUGCAGUACCAUGUAGAUACCAAUAGCUGUCAUUACUGAGCACUUUCAGUCCAGUGCUUCUGGCAUCUGGUGGAAGAUGCAAGGUGAUACUAUCAACAUUUCUGUAGGUGCACAGGAAAAAGACUUUGCAUUGAAAUAGAUAACUUGCCUUUUUUUUUAAAAAAAAAAGUCCUGUAUUCUGAAGCCACCUUAUGGUGUGCAAUGCUCUACUGGUGAUGGGUAGGGUGUGGAAGUGGCAGCAUACAGCUGCAUUUCAUAGGUUUCCUGCGGAUCUCACCACCUGGGGAUGGGACAGCAAGUGGAGAAGAUUUAUUCAGCCUAUGGCAUCCCUGAAUCCCAUCCUCUAGAUCCAUUGCCUGACCUUGUUGUGAUUUUACAAAAAAAAUGCAGGUGAAAGGUGAGAAUUGUAAAUAAUUGGGUGAGGCCAGGAAGUUCAUAGCUUUUAUUUUAUUUAAAAGCGUCUAUCAGCUUUUAAUAUCACAAAAUGGACCUACAUCAAUGUAGUUUCAAGUGCAAAUUGUGUGCCAAAAUAGGUGACUUGAUGUGUUGAGGUACUCCGCCUCAACUUGCAAUUUAUUGAAGGUUACAGGUUGAUGCUGUCCACAAGCAACAAAGUAUAAUGUAUGUUCCCCCCCCCCCCCCUCUGCCUCUCCUGGCUCUGUCUGCUUCAUAAAGCACUGAAUGACCUGUUACCUUUAAAGGAUGCUGGGCAUGACCCUGCUAGGCAUUUUGCACAGCAGCCUGGCAGAGUUGGCGCUCAGUUCCACAAUCUGCACUGAACUGUCACAAAUGGCAAGUUUUGUUUUUUUUUCUCUCCAAAACCCCAGUCCCACGUGGCUACGUUUAACUCUAUCAAAAUUUUGAAAUUGGGGACUGGGUCAAACAUCAGGGACCUGGCUUCAAAACCAGUGAAAUCAAGCUGGGGAGGGUCGCCUCAACUUAUUGGUAAGCACAGACCUGCAGUACAAGGCUGAACAAUUAAGCACUGAAUGUCAGUGUUGCUGCAAAAUGUUUGUGUGUGAGGUGACCACAUCGAUGGUACAGUAAUGCCUACUGUUCUGAGACUGGGGCACAGCAUUAGGGAAGAUGGAACAUAACCUUAACUUAUGUCAUUGCUGACCUGGUUGAUUCAUCUAACCUGAGCCGCUUCUGCCCCAGGAAUGUUUGGGACAAUAUGAAAAACAGCUAUACUCUUAUUGUACCUGUCCUGGGAGUGUAGAGGGAACUUUACUUUGCACAUAACUUUUACUGUACCUGCCUCAGAAAUUCUGGAUGCUGAUACUGGUAUAUUAAAUUCUGCAGCACCAUGAUGGAACAUUAAACGCUAAAGAAAAUUGGAGGUUUUGGGAUAAAAUGCUGUAAAUUUAGCCUCAAUAAAGACUUGCGCCAGUUA